UCCCCUCACACUACACUGUUUUUUUUAUCUGCGCACAGCAAAGUGAAGAACCAAAAAAAGGCCAUUUUUAAUUUUUUUUUUUUUUUUUAAUUUUUCCAAAUCGAAGCGCAAAUCUUCUUCGCAAAGAUCAAGCUGUAAAUAUCCGGCAAGCGAGUAUUCGAAGAAAUCCGGUGUCCGCUGAAACGUCCUUGUUUGUAGGUGUAAACUAAGAAGCAAAGAUGAAUCCUGACAAGUUCACCCACAAGACGAAUGAGAUGCUUGCAGCCUCUCAUGAGUUGGCAAUGAGUGCAGGCCACGCACAGUUCACUCCUCUCCAUCUUGGGGUUGCUUUGAUCUCCGACCCCGGUGGCAUCUUCAGCCAAGCGAUUGCCAGUGCCGGUGGCGGUGAAGAAGCCACGAAGUCGGUAGAGAGAGUGUUCAAACAGGCAUUGAAGAAACUCCCAUCUCAGUCUCCUACCCCUGAUGAGAUUCCAGCGAGCACAAGCCUAAUUAAAGUUAUUCGUCGGGCACAGGCGGCGCAAAAAGCACGUGGGGACACACAUUUAGCUGUUGAUCAGCUAAUUAUUGGCCUUCUUGAAGACUCCCAAAUUGGGGACUUGUUGAAAGAAGCUGGUAUUGCCACAGCCAGAGUGAAGUCGGAGCUCGAAAAGCUUCGUGGGAAGGAAGGAAAGAAGGUGGAGAGUGCUUCUGGGGAUACGCAAUUCCAGGCUUUGAAGACUUACGGGCGUGACCUUGUCGAGCAGGCAGGAAAGCUCGAUCCGGUCAUUGGCCGAGAUGAGGAGAUACGGAGAGUUGUUAGAAUUCUGUCAAGGAGAACUAAGAACAAUCCGGUUCUCAUUGGAGAGCCUGGAGUUGGUAAAACUGCGGUGGUAGAAGGUUUGGCUCAAAGGAUUGUCAGAGGUGAUGUACCAAGUAAUCUUGAGGAUGUGAGGCUCAUAGCAUUGGAUAUGGGUGCUCUGGUUGCGGGAGCAAAGUAUAGGGGAGAGUUUGAAGAGCGGUUGAAGGCUGUAUUGAAGGAGGUUGAAGAGGCUGAGGGAAAAGUUAUACUUUUCAUCGAUGAAAUUCACGUUGUUCUUGGUGCUGGUCGGACGGAAGGGUCUAUGGAUGCUGCCAACCUCUUUAAACCCAUGCUUGCUAGAGGGCAGCUUCGGUGCAUUGGUGCAACCACGCUUGAGGAGUAUAGGAAAUAUGUGGAGAAGGAUGCUGCAUUUGAGAGAAGGCUGCAGCAGGUGUAUGUGGCUGAGCCUAGUGUUGCUGACACAAUCAGCAUCCUUAGAGGUUUGAAGGAGAGGUACGAAGGCCAUCAUGGUGUUCGGAUUCUCGACAGGGCCCUUGUUAUGGCGGCCCAGCUAUCAAGCCGAUACAUUACUGGGCGUCAUCUCCCUGAUAAGGCCAUUGAUUUAGUUGAUGAAGCAUGUGCAAAUGUGAGAGUCCAACUUGAUAGCCAGCCUGAAGAAAUCGAUAACCUUGAAAGAAAGCGAAUGCAGCUAGAAGUUGAACUUCAUGCACUGGAAAAGGAGAAGGACAAAGCUAGUAAAGCUCGUCUUGUUGAAGUACGAAAAGAGCUUGAUGACUUAAGGGACAAGCUUCAACCUUUGAUGAUGAGGUAUAGAAAGGAGAAAGAGAGAAUUGAUGAGAUUCGCCGACUGAAGCAAAAGCGUGAAGAGCUCUUGAUUGCUUUACAAGAGGCGGAGAGAAGAUAUGAUUUAGCUAGAGCUGCUGACUUACGAUAUGGGGCAAUCCAGGAAGUGGAAGCUGCUAUAGCACAGCUUGAAGGAAACACUGAUCAAGAGAACUUGAUGUUAACCGAGACUGUUGGGCCCGACCAUAUUGCUGAGGUUGUAAGCCGCUGGACCGGCAUACCUGUCACAAGGCUAGGGCAGAACGAGAAAGAGAGACUAAUCGGGCUAGCUGAGAGGUUGCACAAAAGAGUGGUUGGACAAGAUCAAGCAGUUGGUGCUGUUGCUGAGGCAGUGUUGAGGUCAAGGGCUGGGUUAGGAAGGCCCCAGCAGCCAACAGGGUCAUUCCUAUUCCUUGGUCCAACUGGUGUUGGUAAGACAGAGCUUGCAAAGGCUCUUGCCGAACAACUCUUUGAUGAUGAAAAUCUGCUGGUUAGGAUUGACAUGUCCGAGUACAUGGAGCAACACUCAGUUUCUCGGUUAAUUGGUGCUCCACCAGGGUAUGUUGGACAUGAGGAAGGGGGACAGCUCACGGAGGCAGUGAGGCGCAGGCCUUAUAGCGUAGUACUCUUUGAUGAAGUGGAGAAGGCACACAUCUCUGUCUUCAAUGCUCUGCUUCAAGUUUUAGAUGAUGGAAGGUUAACCGAUGGCCAAGGCCGCACUGUCGAUUUUAGGAAUACUGUGAUUAUCAUGACUUCAAACCUCGGAGCUGAGCACCUCCUUUCUGGACUAACGGGAAAAGUCUCGAUGCAAGUCGCACGCGAUCGAGUAAUGCAAGAGGUAAGGAAGCACUUCAGGCCAGAGUUGCUUAACCGUCUCGACGAGAUUGUGGUAUUUGAUCCUCUCUUGCAUGAGCAGCUAAGGAAGGUAGCCAGGUUACAGAUGAAGGACGUCGCAAGCCGCCUUGCCGAGAGGGGAGUUGCCUUGGCUGUAACCGAUGCGGCGCUGGACUACAUAUUGGCGGAAAGCUAUGACCCGGUUUAUGGUGCUAGACCUAUAAGGAGGUGGCUGGAGAAGAAGGUGGUGACAGAGCUGUCAAAAAUGCUUAUAAAGGAAGAGAUUGAUGAAAACUCAACUGUUUAUAUAGAUGCUGGGCCAAACGGGAGUGAUUUGGUGUAUAGGGUGGAGAGGAAUGGAGGGUUUGUUAAUGCAGCCACUGGUCUGAAAACAGAUGUGUUGAUUCAAGUCCCCAAUGCCAAUGGCCCAAGAAAUGAUGCUGCUCAGGCAGUGAAGAAGAUCAAGAUCGAGGAAAUUGAUGACGGCGAUGAGAUGGACGAGUAAGAUUGUUCUUCUUCAAGGAAAAGAUGCAAAGUAAAUGAGUCUUUUUCGUUAUAAUAUGGGAAUGCAACUUUUGGUGUGUGUGUGUUUUUUUUUUGUUUUUCUUCCUAAAAAGCGUUUGUAGUACUUUUGUGUGAUGAAUGUAAGGGGGGAGGAGUUCAUCCCUUAUUAUUAAUCUCUUUUUCUCUCUUUCC